AUGCCUUUAACUACACCCACACCACUUCACUUUAGCCCGCCUCAUACCGAAAAUAACACACUGGCCAAGGAUCCAUAUUUACAGUCAUUGGACAUUGUAUCUUUGAUAAAUUUGACAGACAUCAAGAUUAUGGCCAAUUUGGAAAAUGUGCCUGCCGGGUCAUACAUUCCUUGUUAUACACUGCGCUUCCAUGCUCAUCCACACACCUACAAUCUACACGACCUGACGCUCUCUGCAUCCGCUGUCGCUUCUAGUAUAGACAUGCUGCUUUUGUUGGCAUCUACCGCUACUUCACUGGAUGUGGACUCGACUACAUGUGACACUACAAAAACAUUUCAGGCAGAUCCUAUCACAUCCUCUGUUACGCUUGGGUCUACCUAUCUUAGUCAUUGCGGCGGUCCAUGGACUGAAGUACGCGGUCCUGCUUUCACUGUUGCAUCUUCCAAUUCAAACGUAGUUGUUCGAAUUGAAACUUCUCCAUAUGAAUGCUCAGAAUCUGAUAAAUCUUCUGCUAUACUUCGAUCCGGUCUUGAUAUCGGCUGUGUUUGUCUCAUGCCAACCUCUCCCUCUCAAAAGCCAUUGUAUGUGCAACCUUUGGUCAACUUUUCCAGUCCAUCUCAGACGGUCAAAUCAGAACACCAUAGUGAAUCUAAUGUGAAUGCAUUUGAUUCACCUCUCAGCAACUACAUCCCGCAGAAAAGCUUUAACAGCAUUUUCAAUCUUUUGAAUGCCGAUGAAGAGUCCUCUAGACUUGAAAAAAUAUAUACUGCCCAUGAACCAAGCGUACAACACGGUACUUCUAGCAAUAGCAGCUCCACAGAUCACAUUAGUACUGACAGAGAUUUUGUUCGAAAAGUAUCGGAUCCGUCACUAUUUGAAUCCCCAUUGAUGCAGAAAAAACACUACAAUGAUGGCUAUGAUGAUGAACAUGAAAACGCCAGCACAACGUCCACAGAUCCCGACUAUACAGGAAAGAUAUAUGAAUGCCCAGAACCAACGUGCGAUCGUACUUUUUCUCGUCCUUUUAAUCUCAAAGCACAUGUCAUUAUUCAUAAUCCUGUUCGUAAUCGCGCUCAUAAAUGCACCUCGUGCGAGCUAUCUUUUUGCCGAUCUCAGGAUCUUAUAAGGCACAUGCAGAUUCACAACCGCACCAUCACAUACAGCUGUCCAGGUUGCAAAAAAGUGUUUUCUCGCAAAGACGCGCUACGUCGACAUCAGCGCAGUAGUCGCAACUGUCCUUUGUUCAACGAUCAGCCUGCUCGCCGAAGUCGCAAAGGACACGAAGAUGCCAUCCCAAAUACGGUUCAUUCUACACCCAAACCCUCACCCUCUUUCAAACAGCAUAAUUCGCCUUCCACCACUGCAUCAUCUGACGAUGUUCUACAUGCGCUUCCUACUCCAAGAGAGCCUUUAAAGAUUGUACAGUAUGUGCCUGGCUACACUCGAUCAUAUGCACGUCGCUUUAAAACGGGAAGCAAUGAUAGCGGUAUUGGAUCUAUGCAUUGUUCACAUUCACCUGCUUCUCCACCUAGUACGGACUGUGAAAGCUCGAGCACCAGUCGCAUUGGUGUAUCAUCUAGCAGCACUACUGUUUGUUACGAACCCAAUCUUCAGAUGUCAUAUGCUUCUGAAAUGACUGCUUAA